AUGUCUUUUGGUAAUAUUCCUAGCAUCGAACUCAGAGUGCCACCCGAGGAUUAUCCACAAAAAGAAAAAAUUCGAAUGAUUAUAUCAGUACGUAAAUGGCGAUCCCCUGGAGAAAUAACUGGGUUUCGUCACUUAGUAAAUCCGGGACGUGUCGUCGAUGUUAAUGGCCAGACCUUGCUUCACCUAGGAUUAGUAGAUAAUUUUGAUGCUGUGGAGAAAGCAACGGACGCGCCACAAUUCCGACCUCAAAAGUGUGUUGAUAAAUUGCUCUGCGACUUCCACCCGUUAUCUAAUUCCAUUAAUCGAUUUCUUAAAAAGUAUUAUGGUAAUCUAUACGAGAAAUUGAGUAAAUUAGAAUGGGGCGCGUUUGCUCCUCGACCAUUUGGGGUUUUCCCAAUGAUAGCAAUCAACUACAAUACCAUAAGUGACUAUCAUUGGGACGAGAACGACGAAUCAAAUAGUUUCUGUUGCUUGGUUGCAUUGGGGGAUUUCGAAGGAGGUGAGCUUUGUUUCCCUCAACUUAAAAUAGUUGUUCCACUCCGACCUAGACAGAUUAUAUUGUUCUCCUCGCGUUUAUUGCUUCAUGGAAACUUUAUAGUCACUAAAGGCAUCCGUCAUGGUAUAGUAUACUUCGUACAUAGCUUAUUUUUCCACCACCAGCGGGAUUUCUCGAAUAUUUAUAGUGACCUUAAAGAUGGGGUAGAAAGAGAUACAAAAGGGAGGGUUGUUCCUACGAUUCCUCGGCAAGAUCUUAAUGACGCACGAGAUUUGAAUAACCGAAUCACACUCUCCCCAACCGAAAAAAGUCAAAUUGAGAUACCAGAAAGAUCUUGUGAUAAGAGGCGAGGGAAUAUUGAUUUGUCGCGUGCCAGACGUGGGUUGAAAGCAGAGGAUGAUGUAUAG